AUGUCAAAUCUGUUUGAGGGUUCUAGGGCAAAUUCUUGUCCAUGGGCUUUUGCCAUGGCUUCAGAUUCCGCUCCUCUUCCCCGAAAUUCGAAGCCACCAUCUAUGAAGGCCAGGACCUUUGCGUCAAUUGUCUCGGAUUCUACUGAGCGUGUUAGCUUGAGUCAACUCCCAAUUCCUGUCAUACGUGGCGACCAAAUUUUCGUCAAAAUUAGCGAGGAUUUGUACCAACAACAAUUGCAAUCCUUCCGUACCAAUUUAAUUGGGCGUUUAUUGUUGCGCAAGGGCACAACCCCUUUAAAGACUGCAGAGCUCAAAUCAUCCCUCGAGGCUUUAUGGAGGCCAGUCACGCCAUGGCCUCUCGUUCCGCUUGGUAAGGGUUAUUUUGAUAUCCAUUUCAAUACUGAAGAUGACAAGAGGAGGAUAUGGGGAGGUGGGAAUUGCACGUUACCGAAUGGAAUUUUUCGUUUAUCGGAAUGGCAACAAGAUUUUAAUCCAAAUGAUAUUGCACCUCCUACACAUGCUCAAGUUUGGAUUCGAAUAUAUGGGCUUAGCCAGGAUUAUUGGCAUCCACGCCACCUUCUUGAAAUUGCGAGGGGAGUGGGUACUCCAUUGCAACUUGAUAAGGCCACGAAGGAGCGCCAGUUUGGAUAUUAUGCUCGUGCUUUGGUUGAUGUGGAUCUAGCUGUUGACCUCCCAUCCUCCAUCAUGGUGGAGCGGGAGGGUCAUAGUUUUCCCAUUGAUAUAGUUUAUGAAAAAAUGCCGGACAAAUGUAACCAUUGUGGAAUCUUGGGACAUACCAUUGAUCGUUGCCGUCACCUUAAGAAGAAAAAUGUGGCAAUGGAUUCCCAACCUUCUCUAGCGGCAGGACGAAAGGUAAAUAACAGAACAGAGUAUCGGGUUAUUCAAGACCCAAAAAGAAAUGAAUGUGUUGAUCUAAUAGUUGUUGAUAAGAUGCAACCUAUUGAAGAGGUAGUCCAUUCAUCCUCUCCAAUGGAAUUGAACUCUCCUCUUGUUCAGCAACCGGACAAUCAACUCGCAGGUUUGGCAAAUGAAAUAAUUGAAUCAGCGGCCAAUGAGAUCAUCAAUUUAGUGGCUGAUUUAGUGGUGAAUGAGCCAAUGGAAGUGACUAAGCCAACUAUAGGUGCUUUGAUUAGUAAGCCAACUAGGAAAGCAUUGCAGGAGGAGCAAGGAAAAAAUGUAAUUGGGGAUGACUCGGAGUCUGACGAGGCUAUCACCCCUCAUUCUCAACGUUUUGAAGUUAAUUAUGGCGAUUUGGGUACUAAUGUUGGUCAGCUUGUGUGCCAGCAUUCCUCUCCUAAUUCUUCUGAUCUUCAAGAAGGUGCUAAAAUUUGUGAUAUUGUUAAUGAAGACGGAAUGACUUUAGUUCUUUCAAAAUCCCAAAAAGCAAAGAUGAGGAAAAAGAUUAGAGAUGGGAAUAUUUCUAAAGAAGUCAGGGAACCCUAUCCAACCCGCUCUAGGGUCCCCACAGAACGACUUGAUUUAUGA